AUGGACACACGACUCAUGGAGGCUGCACGUUCUGGCAGAGCUCUUCCGCCAGAUUCUGAGAUACAGAGAGAUGCAGGCCAGCAAGAUAAACACGGCUGGACAGCUCUUAUGUACGCUGCCCAAAAUGGACACACACACAUCGUCAAACGCUUGGCUUCCCUUGAAAAGGGGAUUCGCGAUCAUUCUGGACGGACAGCUCUGAUGCAUGGUGUUUCUAGCGGUAUGCAAGAGGUAGCAGAGCUCCUGAUUGCACAUGAAGCAGCCGUCGCUGAUAAUACUGGGCGCACAGCUCUAAUGAUCUCUGCAAAACAAAAGCGUGUCGGCUUAUGCUCUCUCUUAGCUCCCUUAGAGGCAGGGAUUCAGGACCAGGCCGGCUGGACAGCUAUGAUGCACGCUCUUGAUAGCCGGUUCGAUGACAUCGGCCAAUCUCUUUGGGGCGAUGACGGUGGUGCAGCUGUUGAAGAAAUCUGUAAGAUUCUAGUUUCAGCAGAGGUCGGAAAGUCGGCCGUUAAUGGAAUGACGGCUCUCAUGCUUGCUGCAGAAGCUGGAUAUGAACACGUGUGCCGCCUGCUCAUAGAAAAGGAAGCGGGGCGUAGCACUGCUUCGGGCAUGACAGCAAUGAUGCUAGCUGCGCAGUAUGGCAGCCACCGCAUAGUGCGAAUGCUCUUGGCAAGAGAGGUUGGGCUUAUCACUCAGGAAGGAAAGACAGCACUCAUGUGUGCGGCAGAGUUUGGACAUUUCGAAUGUUGCAAGUUGCUCCUCGGGGGCGAGGGGCUCAUCCAUACCCAGGAUCAUGUGACAGCCCUCAUGUACGCUGCUCGGAGUGGACACCUGGCAGUAGUGAAGCUUUUACUGCCUCUGCAGCAGGGCAUUGUAAGUGACACUGGCCUGACUGCCUACCUCUGCGCAGAAGAGGCUGGAAACUCAGAUUGUGCAGAGGUAUUGCGGCCAUUAGAAACUACUGAGGCGGUCCGCUCUCUUAUCCUGCAGUCCACCGCUGGUAUCAAUCUAAAGACACCUGAAGGACUUACAAUCGCCGAUCGCUCGCUCUUGCUGAAUGAUCUUACAGAGACUCGGCUUAAGAAAACAGGAACACGUGCAGGAGGGAUACUACAGUGCGAACUUGUAGAGAAGGAGCGGACAAUCGGUAUUCUCACGAAGCAGCUCAAAAGGGAAAGAAUCGCCUCUGAAAAGCUAGAGAACUUGGUCCGAUCUUGCAAAGAAGAAAUCCGCCAGCUCCAGCAACAACUGCAAGUCCAGGGUGAUGAGGUCGAAGCCCUUACACGCCAAGCUGCUGCUUUGCCUGACCACUUUGGUAGAGAUGCUGCGAAAGCACACACCUGCCUGCCGAUCCAGCCCAGCGAUCUUGCUUCUUUUGACAUGGGUCAACUUGAAGAGCUGGAUCGCCAUCUUAGUGACUCGCUUGAUACUGUAAGGACAGCAAAGGUGACUCUUGCAGCUGGAUCUCGCGCAAAUGCCUGCCUUGUCUGCCUAGAUAACCGUGCAACGAUCUUCUAUCUUCCUUGCCAACACAUGGUCACCUGUCGGGAGUGUGAGGCCAAGCUCCGCGACAACCGCUGCCCGCUCUGUCGGGUAGUCAUAGAGGCCUCCUAUGUCGUAUACACAAAUUAG